GACUCUGGAGCAAUAUAUGGAAGAUGGAGAAACAAAGGACGCAGGCGGAGAUUACAAAGGCAGUCUCUCUGGGCAGACUCUCUUUUCUCCGUUGUAGUUGCAGCUAACAAAACCUCUCGUCCUUUCAUUUUAUAUUACCUUUUUCUGGAUUCCCCCCAAUCCAUUUUUCUGUAUAACUCCAUCUCUCCCGUUCAGCUUCCUCUGUGACUCUCGGCAUUCGAAUUCUCCGUUUCUCCAUGGAGUCCUCCGCUGCUCUCCGAUCUUUUCACUGUCCUCUAGGCACUGUUUCACAGUCACGAUUUUUACAUGAAAGGCCUGCUACAGUUCAUGUGCCCAAUGGUAACCGGUCCACUCUAAAACCAUCACACGUCUCUGGCUUGGUGGCUGGUGGGAAGCCAAAUUCUUCUCUAAUAUCGUGUGUGAAGACACCAGAAUCUACUGUGACGGCCAAGACCAGUGUUUCAUCCGAUGAUGCUGCCCUAGGUUCCUUGGAGAAGAAAACAUUACAUAACGUGACUUUUCCUAGUGGCUUUGAGGAAUUGAUGCUAGAGGUCUGUGAUGAGACAGAUAUUGCUGAGCUGAAAAUGAAGAUUGGAGACUUCGAGAUGCAUCUGAAACGGAAUGUUGGGGCAACAAAAGCACCUUUGUCCAAUAUUCCCCCCACGACAGCACCACCUAUUCCAACUAAACCUAUGAAUGAGUCAGCUGCUGAAGCAGCUGCUGUUGCCCCAUCACCUCCCCCACCACCAAAAUCCUCUCCAGAAAAAAUCACUCCAUUUGCAAAUGUCUCCUUUGGGAAGUCAUCAAAGUUAGCAGCCUUAGAGGCUUCUGGGGCUAGUAAUUACGUCCUAGUGUCUUCUCCAACGGUUGGGUCAUUCCGAAGGGGUAGAACAAUCAAAGGAAAGAUCCAACCGCCGAUGUGUAAAGAGGGGAAUGUGAUCAAAGAAGGACAAGUGAUAGGAUACUUGGAUCAGUUUGGCACCCAGUUUCCUGUUAGGUCAGAUGUGGCUGGAGAAGUCUUGAAGCUGCUUGUUGAUGAUGGAGAUGCUGUUGGGUAUGGAGACCCUCUUGCCGCUGUCCUGCCCUCAUUUCAUGGAAUCGAGUGAGCUUUCGCUCCUGUCAAUGGUAAUUUUCCUGAUAUCAAUGAUGGGGAGCUCCAAGGUCGGCAGUUUGUUUUCUCAAACCCUUCACUUUUACCGUAGAAGUAGCUGGUGACAUAUACCCAAAAUUGUUGGUGUGUUGAAUUGGCAUUGACCCAAGAAUAAUUCAUUAAACAUUAAAGAUUUGGGAGAUGCUUAUCAUCUGUAUUAGGUAAAUUUUUUGUAUCAUGAGCAAGCUUACGGUUUUUAUUCUCCAAGAAAAGCUUUGAACUUUUGUUUGCUAAUGGACUCGACCGUAUUGCUCAAAAAUUAUUUCUAGCCCGCGCCAAGCAGUGUUAUACGUUUGUAAGAGUGAAGGAAACCAACUCAUAUUAUUUUUCUUGCUGUCACUAGGUUUUGUCUGUCUGACUUGACAAGGAUUUCAAUCAAUAUUAGUUCCCUAA